CCUCCAUAAGCUCUGCAACAAGAAAUUUUAUUAAUCCUCAAUUAAAUAAAUGAAUUGAUUCUGGGCAAUUUGCUCAUUCAUUUGGAUUAAUACCAGACAAGACAGAAAAUUUGUAGCUUUGUCCAUUUUAGGGCAUAAAGAAAAGAUUCCCGGAUACCCCUAUUGGGCUCGGACAGAGACGCAUCUUCAUGUCAGCCACAGAACCACCUUCAUUCCAAGAAGCAGCGCGAUGUGUUGUCUGCAAUUGCAGUUUCAACACUUUCAGGAGACGGCAUCACUGUCGAUCCUGUGGGAGAACUUUGUGCAAUGAACAUUCAUCAAAUCAAAUGGCUUUACCUCAAUUUGGCAUUUACUCAAGUGUUCGAGUAUGUGCUGAUUGUUUCAACAAUUCAAGGUCUGGGAAUGGUGUAAGACAGGCUUCUUCGGGUGGAGUGAACAGCAUAACGGAUACAAUUUCUAAAAUAGAUAUCGAUGCCAAUGAUGAUCCAAAAGCCAUUCCUACUGCAGGGAGUACACUUGCAUUGGGCAUUAAAGAGUGUAUGUGUGGAAUGCCUCUUUGCAUUUGUGAGUCUGAGGCUCCCACACCUUCCUCUUCUGCACAACCUCGGCAGAUAUCCUCUCCGGCUAUUACCUCUGAAUCAAAUCCUAAACCUAAGAAGGCAGAUACUGCUCCAAAAAAUAGAAGCUCCAGUUCAUCUAGCAAGUUUAGUUCUGCUUUUGGUCAUGUAACCAAUGGGACAUCGGAGAGAAGCCAGACCGAUUAUGGAGCCAAUGGAGAGGGUGUAAGAGAAGCAAUAAAAAAUGGUGACGUAGCUGCUGUCAAGAAACUUCUUGAUGAGGGUGUGGAUGCAAAUUACAGGGACAAGCAAGGGCUAUCGUUACUGCAUUUGGCUGCGGUCUUCAAUCAAACUGAUAUAGUUUUCAUUCUCAUGGAUUCGGGUGCGAGCCUGGAGUACAAAAAUGCACAAGGAGAAACACCUUUAGAUUGUGCACCAGCUACCUUACAGUACAAAAUGCGAAAGAAGAUAGAAGACAGUGGAACAAUGAACCAAAGCCUUUGAAUAAUCUGUUGCUUGUAUUCGUAAUCUUCUUAUUCGGUGCACCAACAGAGCUUGAACUAUUACCAGUGUCAAAGAACAAAAGAAUAUUGUGUGUUCCAGAGUAAAAAUCUUCUGCUUCAAUGUAACGUGAUCGAAUCGGAUUUAAAUUCAUCAGAUUGAGGAUGCAGUCCUGUAUAAGACACAUCUUUGUUCAGCUACCCAACAUAGGGAGUAGUUUUGAGUUUGUAAACAUGUGAGGUAUGACAUAAGAGCAUCUUUUAUUAUAUGCGUGUUACUUACAGUGAAAGGCAAUGAAUUAUGAAUGGCGAAUUCAAUUGCUACCACUGUUAUUUUGGGUGGAGUAUAAUUUGUCUCUUAA